ACCAAAGUUCAUUGGGAGUAUAUUUAAUUAUUUGGUUAAAUCAAAAUUAAUCUUAAAUUCCUCACAACUCUCGUACCUCAAAAAAAAACAAGAGAGUUUUGGGUUUACCAUCUUUUUCCUUUCCUCUUCUGAUUGAUUCAGUUUAUAACUGCUAUUUUUGUUCGUUGUAAUUAUGAUUGAAGAUAUAAGAGUGAAGUUGUACCUCAUCAAACCAAGGACUCCAGGUGUUGGCAUCGUUGAAGAUCUACAAACACGAUUGGAAUCAAUCGUUUCAGCUCUUAAACUCUUUCCUUCGAAUAUUAGAAAGGUGUCGUGGUCACCUAAUACUCUACUUUCACUUUUUAUUGGAUGGGGUCUCGGUAAGCAAUAACGCCCACUCAAUUAUCCUUAUUUUUUCUUCCUUUUUUUUUUUGGCUAUAUCUACAUUCUUGUCUAAUUUUAAUCUUAAACUCAAUCUUAGAAGGAGUAUAAAAUUGUUGAAACAAC